ACACUUAAGGUUCAUCACUAUCAAUACAACUGUUUCCUCUUUAACUCCGUCUAAAAUUUAGAUGAAUAAUCUAUUUAUUUAGAUUAUAGAUAAAUCAAUAACUGAACCAUGCAGGAGGAACUGACGGGAGGCGUUGACGGUUCCACCCGGACUCAGAUUCUGUGACACCUGUCCGACAGCAAAAUAAAACCGACCGGGAAAAAAACGAACAGGACUGAAACGGUUAAUCGAUGAGAAGCUAACAGUUAGCAGCGCGAGUCGCUUCUCAGCAGAAACAUCCAGUCCGGAUCCAGCAGAGGACCAAAGCACCUCCGACCCGGUCUCCGCCGGUCCCGGCAGCAUGCAGGCGGAAUUCCGGGCUCCUCGGCGCCGCACCAGGGUCCAGGAGGAGUACGAGGCUCCGCUGCCGGUGAGCUACAGCCCGGGGGAGAGGACCAUGCUCAGGGCGGAGCUCAUCAACCAACACGUGCUGGUCUGUCAUCCGGAUCACAUCCAGAAGAUCCACAACCAGGGGUAUUUUGGGAAAGGCAUCCUGUCCAGAGCCAGACCAGACCACAGCAUCUCUGACCAAUGGGAGCAGCACGAAGGUUUGUUUCUACCUGUUGUCUCAGAGUCCAGGUAUGAGGAGCUACUCAGGUGGGCGAGGUCAGCCCUCUCUACUCAGGGAUUGGAUGAGGAGGCUGUCAGUCAAACUCUGCUCCGACUCUCUCAGCCUGUAGAGAUGGAGGAUGUGAGGAGGGAGGUGGGAGGGGGGGAGAAUGGACACAGGGGGGAAGGGGAGGGGCCACGACCAGAGGGUGGAGUCUGUCACCACAUGAAGAGGUCGAGGCCGGGGUUAGAGGUCGAGCCGGAGGCCAAGAGAAGCUGCAGGUAUGACCCUCAAGACCUCGAUCACAGCUCAGACCAGGACUCAGAUUCCAACCCUGAUCCUGAUCCUGAGCCUCUGGUUCCAGGUCCUGGUUUUGUCCUGGUGGUCUCUGACAGUGAGGUUGGUGGGGGGGUCAGGGAGGUCCGGCGGACUCCGUUCUCUCUGUCAGAAUAUCUGCAGCUCAGUCUGGAGGAGGCCUUCUUCCUGGUCUAUGGUCUGGGCUGUCUGUCUGUCUACCUACACCAGGAGCCCCUGUCAAUCAUUGAGCUGUGGAGGAAGUUCCUGUCCCUGCGUCCCAACUUUGUCAGCUCAUAUGCAGCCUAUCAUUACUAUCGCAGCAGGGGGUGGGUCCCUAAAGGAGGGGGCGGGGCCAAGUAUGGCGCUGACCUUAUGUUGUACAGGAAAGGCCCUCCUUUCUACCAUGCAAGUUACUCAGUGGUAGUUGAGCGGGUUGGCGAUGCGUUCAGGGGCUCUGCAUUGCGUCCGUUUUCGUGGCGUUCUCUGGCGGCUCUCAGCAGGAUCACCGCCAACGUCUCCAAGGAGCUGAUGUUGUGUUACAUCAUCUUUCCAGCUGACCAAUCAGAGGCUGAGCUGGACUCACCUGAGUGUGUGAGCAGACUGAAGGUUCAGGAAGUGAUCGUCAGCAGGUGGGUUUCCUCCAGAGAGCGAGCGGAGCAGGACGACAUCUGAUUGGCUGAUUUGAGGAACAGGCGAUGUCACUGAUGACAUCAGCUCAGGGUCAUGAAGACAAACAUGGACGUCAUGAAGAGAGAAGCUGAGACCACAUUUAGUCUGUUUCAGUCUGGGUGUGUGUCACUGGUUGGUUUUUUAUUAUUAAAGAUAAUUAUCAGA